AUGUUCCGAGACGCGUCCUCCAUGACGGAGGUCAGCGCAUUGAAUGAAGGGACCCCACCUGGAGGUCGCCUUCUCCCGUCGAGCCUCCUCUCUGCCGCAUCGGUCAAGAAGGACGUGCCGUGCGGCGGGGAUGCCGAGACCGCUGCAAAUCCGCUACUUCCGAUGUGGAUCCACAGCCAGCUGGAGAUCGACUCUACCGCUUCGACCUCUACCAUCUCGGAUGAUUCUUUCUCCACUGCGGACGACUGUCGGCAGGCUCCCUCUAGCAGGGAGAUGAGCCCCGUGCAAGUGCGAAUCGUGAAGCUGGAAGACGAGCUCUCUCCUCGGAAUCUGGGCACCCCGUACACGCCCUUGAACUCGAAGGCAGAACUGGAGAUGGUGGGGAGCGCAGCGGCAAUCGGGAUCUUGUAG